CGCCAGCUGUCAAACAUAUAACUCUUCCGUUUAACAAUACAGGACGGAGUUAAACCAGUUUCCCUCGGCAUUGAGAGAGUGCAGGGCUUUUUAUACGCGAAUAUACCGAUAUGCGGAAUACUCCACUUUAUUACAGCUGCCUUUGAACUGCGUUCACUUUUACAUCGUGUUUCGUCAUCAAACAUGGAGAAAUUUGAAGGCUACAUCUUCACUGCGCUCUGCAGCACCAACUUUUUGAUAUCCUGCCUGCUGUUCUCCAGAGUCACUCGGGAGCAAAGGGAGCCGUACAUGGACGAGGUUUUCCACGUCCCGCAAGCUCAGAAAUACUGCCAUGGGAAAUUCAACGAGUGGGACUCAAUGAUCACCACUCUCCCGGGCCUUUACCUCGUCUCCGUGGGAGUCAUCAAGCCCGUGGUGUGGCUCGCUGACCUGACAGGCCAGGUGGUGUGUUCCACGGCCAUGCUGCGCUUCAUCAACCUGCUGUUCAACUGCGGCAACCUCUACGUGCUCUAUCUGCUCAUCUGCAAGCUGCACCUCCGGGAGAAGACACGAACAACUUCACGGCGAGUCCUCUCGGCACUGUCUCUGUCCACCUUCCCCGUGCUCUACUUCUUCAACUUCCUCUACUACACAGACGCCGGAUCUACUUUCUUCACCCUCUUCACCUAUCUCAUGACGCUCUACGGCUGCCACAAGGCCUCGGCGCUCCUCGGCGUCUGCUCCGUGCUCUUCCGUCAGACCAACAUCGUCUGGGUGGCCUUCUGCGCCGGCACUCUGGUGGCCGCCAAAAUGGAUGAGGCUUGGAGGGUGGAGCACGCGAAAAAGAGGGACGAGAAGUCCCCCGCGUCCCAGGUCCCUCUGUCAUUCAGCGGAGCUAAGAAAACCACGCUUUUCACGCUGGAGUUCCUCACCUCCCCCAGCCACGUGAAGUCAGUGCUGCUGGUAGCCUGGCCUUACGCGGUGGUCGGCGCGGGCUUCCUGGUGUUUAUGGUGCUGAACGAUGGGAUAGUGGUGGGCGACAGGACGAGUCACGAAGCCUGCCUCAACUUCCCCCAGCUCUUCUACUUCUUAUCCUUCGCCCUCUUCUUCUCCCUCCCCGUCUCGCUGUGUUACCACCGCGCUCUCCGCUUCCUCCAGGCCCUGAAGAAGCAGCCUCUGUUUUUCCUCUUCGUCACCUGCGUCUGCCUGCUCCUGGUGUGGAAGUUCACCUCUGUCCACAAGUACCUACUGGCAGACAACCGCCACUUCCCCUUCUACGUGUGGAAAAGGCUCUUCCAGAGGCACGAGCUGGUGCGCUUCCUCCUUGUCCCCGCGUACGUGUUCGCGGGCUGGAAUUUCCUGGACGCCUUCAAGGGGCGCUCGCUCUUCUGGAGUCUGGCGUUCCUGGCGUGCCUCCUGGCCGCGACGGUACCGCAGAAGCUGCUGGAGUUCCGGUACUUCAUCGUCCCCUACCUGAUGUACCGCCUGCACAUGCCCCUCCCAUCCCUCCCCAGACUCGUUGUGGAGUUUCUCCUGUACACGGCGGUGAACGCCGCCACGCUUUACAUCUUCAUCAGCAAGACGUUCCACUGGCCGGACAGCACGGCCGCACAGAGGUUCAUGUGGUGAGCAAAAGAGACUGAGAGUCUGACAGCAGGAGCUCAGAUUACAGGAUGUAAUCAAACGAUUUUCCAGAGAACCACAGAACAUGUGAAGUCUCCGAAAUCAAUAAGAAAAGCUUCUGUUACAUUUCAAUGACGGACACAAAUGGCUUAUACUUUCAACAUUUUUGUACAGUGUAACCAAGUAGUGUUCGGGAUCGCCACAGUUUACACUGAGAAUUGAUAUUGCUAGUUUUAACGUGACAGGGGACAGACAAAAAUAUUAAAAAAAGAACAUUAGGUUUGAGUUACGCUGGGGUUUUAUUUUCACCGACGAGGGCCACAAACCCUGAAGCAACGCUGUACAUUUACUGUGAUUCACUUCACAAUUACACGAAAAUGGCCGAGAGUGUUGAAAGAGAAUUACUUUAGUAAAAAGGAAAGUGUUUGGCUUUGCUGAUGCAGUGGUGGUAUCGGUAAAUGGUCUGUUUCGAUGAGAAUUGACUGAUAUGUAAAAGUCGUUUCUACUGCACCUCCAAUUGUUUUGGAUGAAAUGUUGACCCGUCUCCAGGGAGGAAAGAUAAUAAUGUCACUUUGACAUUUUCUGCAGGUUUUCCUGGGAGUCGUCACGGCCGGGUGUUGUUUCUUAUGGCCGUAACUGUUUUGUACUAUAAAUGUAAAUACCAGUUCUGUGAAUCGAUCUUUGCUGAAGUAGCUGUUGACACAAGCUGUAAAUAUGAUUCAAGAGACCAAAAAUGACAGCCAUAUUGUUCAGAAUUUCUAUUGUAUGGGAUGUUUUUGUAAUGAUUGAGAUCCUUGUUUGUUUGGUUUUGCCAGUGGAGAACACUGACACAUUUAUAAUCACAGAGAAGAUACAUGUUUUUACUUUGACCAAGCCAUAAAGACUCACUGGAAGUGAUUGAGAAUUCAGAUGUUUCUUUGUCAUUUAGUUCGUUUGGUUGUACUUUGUGAUUUAUUUGUUAACUCACUGUAUCUCCUUUCUGUUGGCUUAUUUCAUUGUGCCUGGUUUGUGUCUGUUUCACUGUCAUUUUUCUAUGUAGAUACAUGUGAUUUAAUCAUAAUCUGUCCAUUCAGCUGUAUGCUGUUCAUUCCAUUGUGUGUAUACCUUUGAAUAAAAUGACUCGUGC